UUAAGAUAAAACGUGUUAAUAAGUUUAAUUUAACCAAUUAAUUUUAUUUAAAGAAAAUUUAUAAAAAAUAUAAAGAAUGUUUUUUUUCUCAAAAAAGAAACUAAUUUAACUCGUGUUUAAGUUUUAAGUUUUAGUGGAAAUUUUUUGUUUAAAUUGAAAAAGCCAACAACAAAAAACUGAACAUAUUUCCUUAAAUAAUUUCAUGUCAUGUUGCAUGAACCAGUUGAUGAUUCCAAUGUACAAUUAAAUUUUCAUUUAUCUACUUCACUGUCUAAACAAAAUUUGGAUUUAAACAAUCAAACAACAACAACAACAUCUAAUAGUCAAUUAUCAUCACUUUUGAAUGCCUCCAUUUGUGAUUCGAAUGAAUCUUCAAAAAAAUCUAAAGAAAACUUCUUAAUUUCAUUGAAUUCAAGAAAAAGUGAUUUAUUACCUGCAUCGAAUAGUGCUGAGAAAUUAAGUUGGAAAUUUUUCGAACAAGUCGAUUCACUUGAUAAUCAGCUAAGAAGUGAUGUGUCUUCGCCUCCUUCGGCUCUCUUAAAUGGUUCAGCUUUUUUCUUAAAUUCUCCUACAACUAAAGAUAUUUCCACAUCGUCCCUUGCCUCUACUUCAACUACCAUUACUACGACUAAUGACGUCAAUUUGAUUGUGGCAAAUAGUUUGAAUGCAUUAGGAAUGCAUUCGAAUCAUCAUCUGCAGCAGCAGCAACAACAACAAACGAAUCAGACAUUGCCUCAAGGCUGUAAUCGUAAAAGUAAUGGUUAUGCGAUCAAUGGCACUAUACAAACUACCGAAAUUCUUUCACAGACUAAUGCAACAACAAAUGUUAACACAACCACAGCAACAACUGCAGCAACAGCAAACGAUUUGAAUUUCUUGCCACAACUAAGGCUGACACCACAAACUCAACAAACAGAACAGCCUGCAACAACAUUUGUAUUUACUUCGCCGACUUCCACAUUCAAACGUAAGAAACAACAGCAAUUGUUAAAAGAAGAACAGGAAGUUGAACAGCAAACACAACAACAACAACAACGACAACAACUGCAACAAGAGCAUUAUAACAAUAACUUGUAUAAAAUUGGCAAUAGCCACCAAGAAAGGCCAAUAGGCACCACUGAAAGUGCAACAACCUUAAGCGAAGAUUAUCACAGCAGGACUAUAAUAGUAAAUACAAAUAAUAGAGGAAGUAAUUUAACUCCCAAACGGCAGCAACAACAACAACAACCACGAACCAACAGCAACAACACAAACCCUCUAACAAAUGAUACAAAGACGGUGAUAAACAAUAGUUUAGGUGUUUUACUAACAGACACCGUUACAUAUGCACCCUCAUCAUCGUCUGCAACAACAUUAUCUUAUAUCAACGGAAACGGAACUCUAAACAGAAACUCGAACGUUAACGGAUCUACACGUUUAACAUUUAAAACGCACACACUACCAGCCAUAACAAAAACAACAACCCCCUCUACCUUCAUUACGGAUGGUGUGGUGGAUUUGGUGGCAACAACUAACGUAACAAAAUCAAAAACACUUACCGGGCAGGGGAAUAGACACAACAAACUGUCCGCAUCGUUUAAACGUCGUCAGAAAAUGCAAGCCAGCAGUAGUGGUGGCAGUGGUACCACAACAGCAAUAGCAAAAGGUAAUAGUACUACGAGUCUAAUGGAUGACAUUGAAAUGCAUUUGGGUUUAAUUGGAUGGCGCAAAAAGUGUCUUUACACUUUACUGGUGCUCUUAAUGCUAUUGAUAAUCAUAAACUUAGGACUAACACUAUGGAUAUUGAAGGUCAUGGAAUUCUCAACGGAAGGUAUGGGUCAACUAAAAAUUGUUCCCGGUGGUAUACAACUAACUGGACAAGCUUUAAUUAUGGAUAUGUUAAGAGCAUCCACAAUACGCUCAAGGCAUGGGCAACCUAUAGCAAUAGAAUCAUCACGUAAUUUUUCAAUCAAUACACGUGACACGAAUGGUAUGCUCGAAAAUCAUUUAUUCCUAGGACACGAUAAGCUUGAGUGCAUGGCGACAGGUUUUCGUAUCAAUGAUACAAACGGAAGAAAUUUAUUUUCUGUAAAUCGUAAUGAAGUUACAAUCGGUGCACACGCUCUACGGAUUGAUGGUGAAGGUGGUGCCAUAUUUCGAGAGUCAAUACAGACACCACAUGUACGUGCCGAACCGGGACGUGAAUUAAGAUUGGAAUCACCCACACGUCAAUUGGAAAUGACAGCUGCAAAGGAUAUAAAUUUUCAAUCACGUGCAGGAGGCAUUGAAAUCUCUGCACUGGAGGAUGUUAAAUUGACAGCACUGGAUGGAAGUCUACGCUUUGAAUCCUCCAAGAUCUUUAUGCCCAACCUAAGAACUGUGCAAUUACCCCUGCCAGGGACACAACAAAGUCGUGAACAUCUGCAUCGUGUUUUUCAAUUAUGUGCCUGUGCGAAUGGUAAACUAUUUCUGGCGGCGCCACAUUCAAUAUGUGCCGGUGAUGAUACAACCGUUUGUAGAUGAUCAACAGAAGAAAAUUAACAGGACAAUAAAUAGAAAAGCAAAAUGAAAACAAAAAAACACACAAAAUUAUAAGAAAUAUAUAAGAACUGACAAUGCGCCUGAUGCAGGGGUUUAGAUAAGUACGCUUAGAGAAAACAAAUUAAGCAAAAACAAAGGUAGUUUAAAAAAUAUCUAAUAACAAAUAAAAAAAGCCGCCGAAUGUUAUUUGUGUUGAAAACUUUUGUAUGUUGAAUAUAAAAUAAAAAUAUUUUAUUUUAAUUUAUUUUUAGUAUUUAGUAGAGAGUACAUAAUAAAUAUUGUUUGUUAUUAACUAAAAAUAAAUAUAAAAUACAUGAAAUGUAUGUAAAUAUU